AUGAAUAACCUACGGAGAGCAGUUACAGUCCGAUGGCAUGGAAUACGGAGGGGAGAAAGCCAAGUGGACAUGAGAAGGAGCAGUCACCUGGAGAGGAUCAUAUGUACCUUAUCAUAUCAGCAGAGGAUAGGAUGUUUGGCGAAAAUACAACGAAGGGGAUUAUUUUUUAAAAGCGAAAAAAAUGAUAUCAUAAAAAACGAGAUUGAAGAAAUUUUAAAAACGGAUAAGGAUCCCCUAAUGAUGGGAAGGGGGUGGGCGAAAGACGUGAAAGAAAUUGACUACACAGGAAGGACCGAAGAGAAUGAACCACCAAAGGAGAACAACCAAAACGAGUAUAGGAAUAGAAGAGGCAAGUUUAAAAGGUUGUUUAUUUUUAUAGCUUUCCAAAGUAUCCCCAUCGUGGGCCUUAUGUACUUAUUUAAGUAUAUAGAGAGCGUCAAAUUAGCAGAGCUGAACUUGACAUUCGAUUCAUCAGAUGAUAUAAUAAAAGAAGCCUUGAAGCUUAUAAGGGGAGAUUCAAAAUGUUUCUGUAUGUACAGGGAGGGAGAAGAAAUUAAAACGUUCUUCGUGGACCCACUGGGGCCCGAGGACUCCGAGGUGAACUACGAGCGGGGCGGAGCAGACACGGCAGAUGCGACGGAUACAGUGGAAGAGUUAAUCUCGACAGAUCCUGUGAAGGCAGAAUUAGCCUCCCCGGGGAAUCCUUCCGAAGGUAUAAAGUGCGAAAGCCAGGCGGAGAUCCCCUCAAUUGGAGAGCCUUCCCAUAAUCCCCGUUCAAACCAAACGAAUGAUUUAACUAAAAUAGUUCUAUCACUGAACAAGCCACUAAUGCAAAGAGUAAUGAACGUGAAAUCUCCAAGGGAGUUCCCCCUAAACUACCUCUACUUCUGCAUCUCCAAAAAUACGGAAAUUUACGAUUUUUUAAAAAAUAGAAAUGAGUUGAUAACUCUUCUUUAUUCUGACGAUGCGAAAAACGUGUAUGUCACGUUGACAGGUUCUGCCUCAAUUAUUGAAAAUGAAGUUAUAAGAAAUGUAAUUUGGACGGACAGAUGGUCCUACCUUAUUUCGGGAAAUCACCAAGACAAUUAUGUAUUAAUUAAAUUCACACCAUCUACUGUAUCUCUUAAAACAAUUGGCUUUAACAAUCAGCACUGGAAGAGUAACAUCGUUCGCCGCUCUAUGAUGAAUGACAAGAUGGCUUGGGUCAAGACAUAA